CCGGUGGCGAGGUAGUCGUAUUCCUAGCUGCGUGCUGCGAAGUUCACUAGAACAAUGGAGAUCUCAACACUUGUUUUCCUGAUUUUUGUGGUGCUAGCUGUCAGCGACGUACAGGCUGCUCGCAGUGGUCCAACCUUGGCUGAUCGAGUGGCAGUGAUGGAGAAGGAGAUUAAAACAUCGAAAUUUGAAACUGCUCAAGCUGAGACCAAGAGGAUGGAACUGGCUAUACAGAUGGAACUGGCGUUAGCUGAAGUUGACAGCCUGAAUUCCAGUUUACAAGACACACAGUCACACCUGAGAGUAAUAACUCAAGAGCUGAGACGUGUUCGACAAGAAAGGGACACGUACAGCGAGUGUCUUGGACAACUACGCGACGACAUGAAUAAGACGGCAGCUGAUCUGCGUGAUGCCAGGAUGCUGAUAUCUGAACUGAAUUCGACCAAUCAAGAUAUUUUUGCUACAAAACAACAGAUCACAGGUCUUACCAAGGACUUGAUGACACUGAAUUUGAGUUGUUGUGUGGUGAGGGAUGAGGCUAAAGAGACUGAUGGUAAUGAGAGUUCGAUGUCAACAUCGUCAUUGUCGGAGGUGUCACUCACGACAUCGACCACGACGUAUCCUGGAACUACUGCAGGAACGAUUAACCUAGCCAGAGGCAAGCCAGCAACAGCGAGCUCUGUGUAUGGGACACAUCCUGAAGUUGCAACAGACGGCCUCCCUUACACUGACUGGAAAAGUGGCAGUUGUUUUGCUGUGGCAGAAGGAGACAAUCAUCCCUGGUGGCAAGUCGAUCUUGAAGCUUAUUCUGAGAUGUUUGAGGUUGCCGUGACAAGCAGGAGUGACUGUUGUCCUGAGAGACUACACGACUUCACAUUGGAGGUCUUUAGAAAGAACCCGGCCACCUCAACAGGCGCUAGGAGUGCGCUGUGUGGAACCUACAAUGGUACGGUCACAGAACCAGGAAAGACUGUCAGUGUAGAAUGCAUCAGAUCUGUUAGAGGGCGAUAUGUCCGACUGAGGGGGACAAAGGACGGUGAAGGUGACCUCCUUCAAUUCUGUGAGGUCAAAGUUUUCGGAUCCAUUAUUGCUGAUGGCGAGUCUAACCUGGCUAGAGGCAAGCCAGCAACAGCGAGCUCUGUGUAUGGGCCACAUCCUGAAGUUGCUACAGACGGCCUCCCUUACACUGACUGGAAACGUGGCAGUUGUUUUACUGUGGCAGAAGGAGACGAUCAUCCCUGGUGGCAAGUCGAUCUUGAAGCUUAUUCUGAGGUGUUUGAGGUUGCCGUGACAAGCAGGGGUGACUGUUGUCCUGAGAGACUACACGACUUCACAUUGGAGGUCUUUAGAAAGAACCCGGCCACCUCAACAGGCGCUAGGAGUGCGCUGUGUGGAACCUACAAUGGUACAGUCACAGAACCAGGAAAGACUGUCAGUGUAGAAUGCAUCAGAUCUGUUAGAGGGCGAUAUGUCCGACUGAUGGGGACAAAGGACGGUGAAGGUGACCUCCUUCAAUUCUGUGAGGUCAAAGUUUUCGGAUUCAUUAUUGCUGAUGGCGAGUCUAACCUGGCUAGAGGCAAGCCAGCAACAGCGAGCUCUGUGUAUGGGCCACUGCCUAGAGUUGCUACAGACGGUCUCCCCAACACUGAUUGGGGAUCUGGCAGUUGUUUUGCUGUGGCAGAAGGAGACGAUCAUCCCUGGUGGCAAGUCGAUCUUGAAGCUUAUUCUGAGGUGUUUGAGGUUGCCGUGACAAGCAGGGGUGACUGUUGUCCUGAGAGACUACACAACUUCACACUGGAGGUCUUCACCAAACCAGGCGCCAGGGGUGCACUGUGUGGAUCCUACCAUGGUGCGGUCGCAGAACCAGGAAAGACUGUCACUGUAAAAUGUACCCGACCUGUUCAAGGGCGGUAUGUCCGAUUGAGUGGAAAAAGAACGGUGAGGGUGACCUCCUUGAGUUUUGUGAGGUCAAGGUGUUCGGUUAUGCGUUUUAAUCAAGGCUUAUAAAAGCAUGCGGACA